UCGCGCUUGUGGUAGCCUCAGAUUGCAGCUUAGUUCGUGAGACGCGCCGCAACCCAAAAAUGAGGCUAAGCGAAUGAGCUUGUACCUUACCUACCCUUGCUCGUCUAGCCUCGUUCAACUACAUGAGCACGACGUCACUUGCAGCCUUCGAAGCUCCCAUACACAUUUAUAGUCAAGAUGGAUAUCGACGACGACGACGAUUUUUACGCGCCCGAGGAGAGCGUGCCCGCCACCAAUGAACCAAAGGAGGAGCCGCGACAGCCCCCCGCGCAGGAAGUAAAGUCUGAACAAUCAGAGGACGGACCAGAAGACGGCGAAGAAGAAGGCGAGGAGGUAGAGGAAGAUGACGACUCGGACAUUGAUAUUAUCACUGAGCGAAAAGAUGGAACGAAAGCUGCUCCGCCGUCAAACGCACGGUACAACGACAUCCGCAACAUCGCCCAGCGCACCACCUCAAACGACGUAACCCAAAAAGCCAGCGCCCCCAAAAAGUCGGAAAGCGGAAAGCCCAUCCUCCCAGCCUCCGGCGCCAACCUUCCCGUCGCCACCUCCAAGAUCGACAUUGACGCGAAGCCCAUGUACGACCCAGCGUGCAAGCCUAUCACACAGGUGAACAUUGACGAGGACCUACCUGAUAACGACAAGCCGUGGCGACGCCCCGGAACAGACAUUAGUGACUACUUCAACUACGGGUUCGACGAGUUUACGUGGGCGCUGUAUGCGGCGAAGCAGGAGAGCCUGCGCUCGGAGUACGACCAGAGCAAGCUGGCGGACAACCAGAAGAAGAUGAUGGAGGACAUGAAUAUGAUGAUGAGCAUGGGCUCGAUGCCGGGGAUGUCUGGCGGCACGGGCGCAGGUAUGGGUAUGGGCGCUAUGCCAGGAAUGGAGGGGAUGCCACCGGGAAUGGAGGCGAUGAUGCAGCAGAUGAUGUCGUCGGGAAUGGAUCCGAGUCAAAUGGAUCCAUCAGCAAUGUUUGCAGGUAUGGCCGGACAAGGAGGAGCCGCGGCGGGACAAGCGGCUGGCCAGAAUGCUGGGUUUGGUGGACAAGCAUUUGGGCAGGGUAACCAGCAGCAGCAGAUGGGGGGUUAUGGUGGCUUCGAUCAGGGGAUAGGAAAUGCUGGGGGCGCGGCGAACAGAGGAAAUUUUAGGGGUAGGGGAAGGGGACACCGGAAUUGGUAAAGCCAGCGAGUGCUGUGAUGACAUUCUGGGUGUAUUUGUAGCCUGGCGUUUGGUGGUGAAAAGGCGGAUAUAUCUUAGGGAUGCAACUGUUGAUUUUAGUGGUGGGUGCCAUCAGUUCCAGCUCGAUGAGGGCCAAGGCUGUGUCUAGAUAUGUGAAUGAGCGGCUACUCUCCGUCUCUGUACAUACUCGGACUCGAAGAUCUAGUCUUUGUUCUGCUCGGAGCUGUCCUCGUACAGUGCCUCCUUUCGCCCCGACCAAGCCGGGAUGACCAAUGGAAAGUCGAAUACAUGCAUUCACGAAGUGCCACCGAAGUAGACCAUAUCACGUAGAUCAGUCCAUCCUCGCCGACGCCGUCUCUGCCGCUUACCAAUAAGCAUCGUAACACUGACAGCAUGCACCCACCCCCAACCA